AUGAAGUUCACCCUCUUCACCCUCACCGCCAUAGCCUCCUCUACCCUCGCAGCCCCUCUCGCCGCGAGCCCCAUCGCCCCCAACACCGCCACCUGCGAUUACAAACAAUGCUCAGAAGGCAACAUGAGCACCCGCGGCUGCUUCAAAGUCCACAUCGGCCGCGACUUCAUCAAUGGCCAAGGCUGUGGUCCUAUCAAGAACACCAUCUCGAAACACACCAGAUCUCUCGGUAGCUACAAGUGUACCGAUGAUGGUGCCGGACAGACUGUGCUCGAGUUCAUGACGGAGGCUGAUCGCUUUGACAGUUAUGCGGCUAUUGAGGCGCUGCAGGAGGCGUAUCCGAUGGUGCCGUUUAUCAAGAAUCGGAUUUGUUUGCAGACGGGUAUGCCGGUGCCGGACUGCCGGCGUAUUGGUUGGUUCCGGAUAUUGCGAGGGUGGGAGGUAUUACGGUUUUGUAGAUCGGCUUGA